AUGGCUACUGUCGAGAUGCUCCAAUCCAUGAGGUCCUCCACAAAGGCUGGUAGAUUCCAGACGAAGGUGGUAGCACCUCAUAAUCUGGAGCUAGUCAGAGAGGCAGAGGAGUCUGGAACUCUGACUCCCUCUGCCUUCCUGAAGGAGAUGUCUCUCAGCACUGAGCAGAGGCUGGCCAGCACUCGGGAGAUGAGGCGGCCCCGGAUUAUCCAGCUUGGGGACAUGAGUGAAACCUCCAAUGGAAAGUUCUCAGCAGUUGACCUGGACCAGAGCUUGUUUCAGCCUUUCCCAUCAGAGGUGGUGUUUCAGAACUACCUUCCUUGCGAGGUCUGUGAAGUGCCACUGAUUCUGAGGAACAAAGACAAGGUUCCUCGGUUGGUGAAGCUUGUCUUUGAAAACUCGCCUUAUUUCAAGUUGAUCAGCCCCGAUGGUGGGAGCCAUAAGGUAGCACCUGGCAUGUCUUUAACCUUCCACAUCCUUUUCACCCCUGAGGAGAACAAGGAUUAUUUCCACCAGCUCAUCUGCAUCACAGAAAGGGAAAAGUUUAUUGUGCCUAUUCGAGCAAUAGGUGCCCGAGCCAUCCUGGACUUCCCUGACCAGGUGAACUUCUCAGAGUGUCCAGUUAAGUUCAGCACCCAGAAAACUCUGCUGGUGCGCAACAUCGGUAAUCGGAAGGCUUGCUACAGCAUCAGCACUCAGAGCCCUUUCUCCGUGGAUCCCUCCAUUGGGACUCUUGGGAUUGAUGAAGUCAUGCAAGUAACAGUGGAGUUUCACCCGCUGAAGACUGGCGAUUAUUCCCAAUUCCUGAUAGUUCACUAUGACACAGGUGAGGAUAUUCACACAAGCCUUUAUGGAGCAGCUGUAGAUGUCGACAUAAGGCUAGACAGGAACUCCUUGACCAUUGAGAAGACUUACCUCACACUGUCAAACCACAGAUCCAUGGUCAUCCACAAUCAGAGUGAAAUCAUAGCCCACUUCCAGUGGAAGCCUUUUGUUAACCAAGAAGAGGAGGAUCAGCAGAAGCUGAGGCUGCAGAGACAGGAAGAGGACAAGACAGAUUGUGCUCACAAGGAAGGUGGGGUGGACCCCACUCUCCAAGGGCGUCUUUCCCUUCUUAUGCGCACCUUUGAGAACCAGGUGAGAAAGGUGCAGGAAGACUCCAGGCUUUUCUCCAAUGAUGUUUUCACCAUUGAGCCAGUGGAGGGAGAUGUCUGGCCAAAUUCUUCGGCUGAAAUCAAAGUGAUCUUUAAACCUCGAGAAGCCAAAGUCUAUCAAGAAAGAGUCUACUGUGACAUCUCAGGCCGUGAGACCAGGCUGCCCCUGUGCAUCAGCGGGGAAGGCAUCGGGCCCCAGCUCCACUUCAACUUUGACCUGCUGGACAUCGGGCAGGUUUUUGUUGGCUCAGCUCUCAGCUAUGAGGCAAUCCUGCUUAACAAAGGAGCCAUCGAUGCACCCUUCAGCUUGGUCCCUCCAGCUACAGCUCUGGGAUCCUGCUUCACUUUUACCCCGCAGGAGGGCAUCAUUUUGCUGGGCGGGUACCAAGUCAUCCGGAUCUCCUUCAGACCCACCAUCCUGGGGCAGUUCACGGAAGAAUUCAUGUUCAACAUGGACAGAUCCCCUGAGCCUGUGGUCUUGACUAUCAGGGGCUGUGUCAUUGGACCAACAUUUCAUUUUGAUGUACCUUUCCUCUGCUUUGGUGAUGUCUCCUUUGGUUUUCCUCGCACCUUAUCAUGUCGCCUUACUAACACGUCCUUGGUGCCCAUGACCUUCAACCUUCACAUUCCUGGGGACGGCUUGGGAGAGCCCAGUGUGACCAGUUUUGAUCAGGUGUCGGAGAACACUUGUCUGUCCUGGAGAAAGGGAGCCCAAGGUCAUGUCAAGCCAACCGAAUUUACCAUCAGGCCCUGCAGAGGGACCAUCUGUGCCCAUGGACACCUGGAUAUCCAGGUCACCCUGUGUUCCAACACUCUGAAGAGAUACAGGCUGGCACUGGUGGUAGAUGUGGAUGGUGUUGGCAAGGAGGUGUUGGCGCUGCUCCUCACAGCCAGAUGUGUAGUUCCUCCGCUGCGAGUGCUUGAUCCCAUCAUGACGUUUGGACGGUGCUUUCUGAAAUUCCCAUAUCAGCAGAUGCUGACCCUUGUGAAUGACAGUGACCUUCCAGGAUGCUAUAGGGUUCUUCCUCAGGUUUGGAAUUACUCCAGCUCCAUGCCGUGUGGAAUUAUCCAGCCUCACAGCUCGGUGGAGGUCCCAUUCACACUGGAAGCCCAGGUGACAGGACAGCAGGACACUGUUGCUCAUGUUGCGGUGUUUGGGAGUAAAGGUUACCCACUGAAAAUCCAUUUAGUGAGCAUUGGAGAAGGACCAGUUGUCUAUGUGCAUCCAAGUAAGAUAAAUUUCGGCAGUAUCCGAGUUCUACAAGAUGCUUCCCAAACCCUCCACCUCUCCAAUCAGUCUGUCAUCCCUGCAUCCUUCUCAGCAAAGAUGGCUGACAAACGCUCACGCUGGAGGGUUGAACCCAGUAAAGGAGUGAUCCCCCCUGAGACAGUGGUGUCUGUGGCUGUCAUAGCAAACUUGAAUGACACGGAGAAAUUCAACGACGAGGUGAAGCUGUUUGUAAAGAACAGCCAUACCUCUGUCAUCCCUGUCCAGGCUGUUGGCAUCGGCACCACGAUUGUCACCGACAAACCCUUUGCUCCAGAGCUCAACCUGGGACCCCACUUCAGCCUGGAUCCGUGCUGUUACAGCUUCAAGAUAACAAACAAAGGACAGCGCACCCAUCUGCUCUAUUGGACAACAGAAGGUUUCACCAUGCUUCACCGGCGUGAUCGUCUCCCUCCCAUCAGUAACGCCAAAGGCCAGGUUUCCUCCCAGGCCCCCAGUCAUGCCUGCCCUGUAUUUAAGCUUCAACCAGUGAGAGCAGAGCUGAUGCCUGGCAAGACAGUGGAGAUGCUGCUGGAAGGCUCCUCUAGCACUCCCCGUGUGGUGAAGGAGCGGCUGCUGUGUCACGCUGUUGUGGGGAACACGGCGGGGAAAACCCUGAUCAUGCAAGCAGAUGUCAUGUGCGAGUUCAUUGCUCCCAUUCUGCAAAUGUCCACCAGAGAAAUCACUUUCCGGGUGGAGAAGCAACCCAGUGAUGUCCUAACUCUUCAAUACAAGCCUCUUUCUUUAAAAAACAUCUCUUCACUGCCCCUCAGCAUGGUCCUGGCCUUAGGACAACCCUUCUCCAUUUGCAGUGCAGACCAGCAGCCCCUCCCUGCAGACACUCAGCCAAUGAAGCUGAGGACAGGGGAGGAACUUCACCUCUGCAUCGGAUUUAACCCUGCUUACGGGGAGGAUUUGAGUAGCCGGGUAGUAGAGAAGACUCUGAAGAUACAGUUUCUCGAGCAUCCUCAUCAGGAGCAGGUCACCGUGCGGGGAGAAGUCUACUUCCCAAAUCUCCUUAUCCAGACCACGGCCCUGGACUUUGGCUGCAUCUUGAAUGACACUGAAGAUGUGCGUUAUGUCAAGAUGACCAACUGCAGCCCGCUUCUUGUCCAGUACCAAUGGUCGUUCCUGACAGACAGCCACAGGAACCUCAUCAGGUAUGUGCACCUUUGCCCUCCCCUUGAAGCUCUUCUUCCUGGUAUCCUGUUCAACCCUCCAACAUCUAAAUUUUUCAUGGAACCCCCACCACUGAAGGAGAAGGAAGCCUGCUCGGAGCACUCAGCAUCUUCAGAGAGCAGCUCCAAGGGUGGAAGUGUAGAGGAGUCAGCCGAAGCCCUGGGAGCAGUGGGGGAUGAUGCCCAAGAGCCAGCAGAUGCUGAUAACUCCCUGGAAGCAAAGCUGCUGGCAUCCACUGCUGAGGAACCGGAAGGUGCCGCGGAUACUCUGAGACCAGUGGAGAUCAAGGAAUUGGUCCAGUUCAUGGAGACAGAACCCCUUGCCUUGGGAGUGGAGGAAGUUUUUGAUGUCCUGCCCCUGUAUGGUGAACUGCAGCCGGGUGAGAGCCAGCAGGUCAUGUUCACCUUCUUUGGCCAUGCAAACAUCAUCACCCGUGUCACGGCAGUGUGCAGAGUGGAGGGAGGCCCGAGCUAUGAGAUGGUGCUGCGUGGGGAGACUUCGCUCAUCAGCUACUUCCUAGACAUCACAGAGAUCGACUGCGGGCUACAGCUGUUUAAUGAAGUCACCAAAGCAGAGGUCACUCUGCACAACAGUGGGAAGCUGGGAUUCACCUUCGUGGUGCUGAGCCCCAGCACAGCCACUGCAGCCAGCCCUCUGCCUGGUGUGCCCCUGGUCGUGCCCAGCACAGGUUACAUUGGACCUGGCAAGGAGCAAAUGCUGAAAGUCUAUUACCUGCCAGGAGUGCCUGGAGUCUUCUACCGGACUUUCAAGAUCCAAGUAGGAUACCUGGAACCAGAAGAAAUCUCCCUGAAAGGGGAAGGAACCUUUCCUAGAAUCCACCUGGACCUGCCCAGGAACAUCAAAGGGAACGAAAAAUAUGAGAAGAUCCUCAAAGAGGUGAAAGAGAAGAUGCGAAAAGGCAGCCAGCAAGAUGAGGCAGUUCUGGAGGAGGCUGCAGCAGCAGAGCCAGCCACAGAGGACUCAGGCACCAUGUUGGACGCUCAGCUGCAGAUGCAGAUGGAGCAGAUGCUGAUAGAGGAACAUGCCCUGGAACAGCAGAAAACUCUCACCUCCAGUUCCCCAGAGGACGCUGCCUUUGACCAGCGUGCACGUUGGAGGCUUCUCAAAGCUGAGCUGCCUGAGUACAUCCUGGACUUUGGCUACAUCAUUCUUGGUAACAUCCAGACGCACAUCGUGAAGAUCACCAACACCGGGCACUUCCCUGUGUCCUUCCACGUCAACGGACAUGUCCUGUGUGACACAGGUUUCAGCGUGGGUCUGGACCGUGUGAAGCACCUGCCCUACUGUGAGACUGAGACAUUCGAAGUGCGCUUCGACCCACAAAGUGCCAACCUGCCGCUGGGAGAGGUGGACGUGCUCUUGCCCAUCAAGGUCACAGGAGGCCCCACGUUGCAUAUCCGCCUCCGUGCCAAUGUGGCUGUACCAUCCAUCUCCCUCUCCAGGGACAGACUGGAAUUCUUCACCAUCCAGCAUGGACAGUGCCAGGAAGAAACUGUCCAGCUCCACAAUCAGCUCCAGAUCCCCUGUAAAUGGUUCAUCACCAUGAAACAGUCUGUUGAGAAGGUGGACAAACGUUUGCCAGUAGGAGUGCAUCAGAAGCUGCCUCGGGAGUUGAAGGCCGAGCCCUGUGUCUUUGAGGUGCUGCCAUCGGCUGGAACCCUCGCUCCAGGGCAGCGAUGCAAUGUGCAAGUCAGGUUUUCACCCACAGAAGAGAAGUCCUACAGAAGUGAGCUGAAGAUCAACAUUUGCCAAAACAGCCAGCACCUCCAGCUGCAGGUGUUGGGACAUGGUCUGGAACCACGGCUGGAGUUCAGCCCCCCAGUGCUCGAGCUGGGACCAUCGCUGCCAUACACCUGUGGGGUGGAGGGGACAGUGGUGGUGAAGAACCCGUGUGAGUUCCCCAUCGAGUUUUACUCGUUGGAGUUUGAUGAGCAGUACCGUGCUGAGGAGGAGGUCUUGCGGAUGCUGAAGGAUUACAAUUGUCACAAUACCUUGUUGCUGCCUCCACGUGCCCCGGGAGAGAGUUUACCCCCAGAGGUACUUGAGUACUAUGAGGAGCAGAAGAGGCUGCAGGAUGAGCAGGGAAAGUCCAAGACUGGGGAAACAGCAGCAAACAUUGAAGAUGUCCAGUUCCCAUCAGAUCAAGGAGGAAAACACUCUGCUGGGAUCGUUUAUACCAGCUCAACCCAUAGCUCAGUCGUUCCCUUCUCCAUUUUUGAUGAAAGCCAGUCCAACAAGGUGGACGCUAAGUCUGUAUGUGGAGAGGAAGAGGAGGAAAGUGUUGAGAGAAAAUGCAGGACAGCAGAGCAUUGGCAAAGCACCAGCAGCAGCAAGGAGGCCGCAGGAGAAGUGGACAACAGCCCUGUCUUUAGGGCUAUCGCCCGCCACCUUGGCAUUGAUAUCUCUGCAGAAGGGUGCGCAGCCCGAAACCGUAGAGGGAUUGUCAUCAUCGUGCAUGGGGCACCCCUGACAGGAAAGACAGCGGCAGCAGUUGCCCUGUCCAAGCGUUACGGCGCUGCCUGCUUGUCCAUUGACACCGUGGUGAAAGAAGCCAUCUCAAGCAGGAGCAGCUUGGCAGGGCUCCGUGCCCGGGAGCUCUGCAUCAAGGCUGCCAUCGAGCAGAGCCAGCAGGAGACAGAGGGUGCUGGUCAAACCACAGUGGUGUCCCUCAGCCCACAGCUCAGCACUGAGGCCACACACUGCCUAGGCGCAAGCCAGUCCAGCUCUGAGGGCAAAUCGAGCCUGCAGCCUGAUGGCCUGAGUUCCCAAGGCCAGGCAAGCACCGCAGUGGGCAAGAAGAUAGAUAGCCACACAUCCCAAUCCCAGAAAUACCUAAUGGAUCCCACAGUCUCCCAGGGUUCAUCUAGUUCUCAUCUCGCCUCCUCCCUUCCCUGCGUUGUUAUGCAGCGAUGGCUAAGCAUCAAUGGCAGCACAGUGGGAGAGCUGGGCUUCAUGAGCUGCGUGCUGCCCGAGGACUUGCUGGUAGCCAUCCUCUCUGAAAGGCUGCAGUUGAGUGACUGCUACCAGGGAGUGGUGUUUGAUGGCUUGGAGACCCUCUUUGCUCACAACAUAGCGUCUGCUCUCCUCUGCCUUCUCAAAGCUGUCAGAAAUCGUCCUCAUAUCUAUUUUGUGAACCUGUUUGAGGAUUAUGCUGCUUUUAAAGCCAGGGAGACAGCUUCAAAAGAGCAGGAAGGACGGGAGCAGGAAGAAGCUGCCAGGAGGGAGAAAGCACUUCUCUGGGAGAUGGAUGAGGAUGACUAUGAUGCCCUCACUGAGGAGCAGAAAGCUCAGUUUAAUAACAAUAUACGAGAAGUCCAGCGAGAGAGGAAGAGGAGGUCUGUAAGCCUUCCGGAGAUGGCUCAAGUGCUUGCAAAAAAGCACCAGCAGGAGCUAGAAAACUUGAAGAAGGAAGAAGAGCUGAAAAAGAAGUCUAGGCGGGGGAAGAGAGAGCUGGGAAAAGACAAUGUUUUGGGGAAGAAAAGCCAUUCUGGAGUCAGGCAGAACAUGAAUGCAUCCGCUGGCAACACCAGUGCAUCCAACAACCAGUUGGAUGUCACAGAGGAGGUGGACAAGAAGGGACCUGUAAAGGAGCGCCCAGACUCUGCUGCAAGUGACAAGGAAGACAAGAAAAAGCACAGCAAGGUUCCCCUGACAGAUGCCUGCCCCGUGGUGGUGCUGGACCCAGAACAGGAGGAAACUAAAACCAAGACCCAGAGUGACAGUGAGAACAACUUGGCCCUGAGGUUUAAGAUCUACGAGGCAUCGCAGAAGGAUGUCACCCAUAUUUUGUCAUCCUGGGACAGGGUUCAGGGUAUCCUGCUGUUCCCUUUGAACCAAGAGGAGAUGCAGCCUCAAGCAGAGCAGCGGCGCCAACAUUUAUCCAGCUACAGGGCCCGGAAGAGCAGAGAGAAGGAGCGUCUGAAAAAGCUGGAGAAAGAGCGCCUGGAGAAGGAGCGGCUGGAAAAAUUGAAGGCUUUUGAGGACUCAAAGUUAUCUCUGCUGGAAGGGGAAGGUGCAGAAAGGUCAGCCAGAGACCAGGACAUCGGGGUGCCCUGCUUGGACAUCCAGGUGCUGCACUCAGAAGAUGUGACCAGGAUGAUCCUGGAGAGCAGCAAGCUGCCAGCAGCAGAACAGAUCCUGGAUGACCUGGGGCUGGGUCCCUCAGGGCCUCCCAUUCCCCCUACCGCUCUGUACUCUGUGAUCCACUACCCGGAGAAGCGGAUGGCCCCCGCAGUAGGAGAAGCCCUCAAGCAUUUUGUCUUUGUUGUGCCAGAAGGUGCCACUUCAGAAGAAGAAAAGAAAACGGAAAGUCUCUUCCUGGAUGUUCCUGUUGUGCCCACAGUGAAGACCUCAGAAGAGCAGAUCACCCCCACCAAGAGCCAGUCAAGGAAGGAGAAAGCCGCGGGCAGCCGGGAGGCUGUGAGGGAGAGGCGAGGCUCCAGCCGGGGCAGGAAAGGUGCCCAGGGGCUGGGCACAGCAGCACCCGCCCGUCCCCGCAAGGUGCGCCGAAGUGGCGUGGACAUAGUCCCCCCCCCAGCGACGUGCGCCAGGAGGCUGAGCAGCUGCCGGUGGAUAGUGCCUGCCCAUGGUGAGGUGAAACUGAAGGUCUUGUUCAGCUCCACGGAGGUUGGCCAGUUUGCUCAGGUGCUGCAUUUUGAGAUCCUGGGGACAAACCGACUGUACCAGCUGCACUGCAGGGGCACCUGCCUAUAUCCCACCAUCAGCCAGGACCCACGCGUGGUGUUCCCUCACCAGAGGAAGAGCAAGGCAGAUGAUGACAUCGUCUUCAAGCAGUACAUCAUGGACAUGGGUGUAUUCCACUUUGGACCGCUGCUGUGUGGGAAGUCAAGAGAGUGGUACAAGGCACUGCCCCAUCCCAGCAACUGUGAGAAGUUCACCAUCCUCAACAUCACCGCCUUGGAAGCAGAGGUGCAUUUCUGCUUUGAGCAUGAUCUCAAAGCGGACACGUUCCUUUUAGACCCUCCCAGCAUGAAGCUGAAACCCAAUGAGAAGCAGGAGCUGGGCAUUUGGGCAUACCCCACUUCAGCUGGCCUUGUGGAAGACAACCUCAUCUGCUCCAUUAAGGGCAACCCAGAGACAGUGGUGUUCCGCCUGUGCUGCCAGGGGGUGCAGGUGGAGCUGGGGGUCAGCCCCAGGCAGGUGCAUUUUGACAGGCUGCUGCUGCACAGGAAGGACAGCAAGACCCUGGUCCUGCAAAACCGCACCCCUCUGCCUGUGGCCUGGCGACUCAGUGGGCUGGAGAACCUCAGCAAGGACUUUUCAGUGUCUCAAGCUGAGGGCAUCGUUGGUCCCUGCACAGAGUUUGGCGUGCAUCUAUAUUUCAAGCCCGUGAAGGCUCUCAGCACUAAGAAGACAAUCCGACUAGAGGUUUCAGACGCAGAAAAUGAACUGGGGGUCGUUCACACUGAAAAUAUCCAAGUCCUUGCAGAGGCCUAUGAUGUUGCUCUGAACAUCAGCGUUUCUAAAGGUACAGAUGGCAGCGUGGAUUUCGGAAUCCUUAAAGUCUUGGAGGAUGCAAAGGAAGUGCUGACUCUGAAGAACAAAGGGAAGUAUGAGAUUGUGUACAGUUUCAAGCUGGACACCACACAUACCAGCAUACCUGACUUGGCAUCCCACUUCACUGUCCAGCCGCAGCGGGGUGUGCUGGCUAGCUCAGAGCGCUCUGUGCAGGUCCAGCUGCUCUUCCACCCCAAGGUGGAACUUAGCAUUGAGGACAAGCCCAUCCUGCAGUGCCAGGUGAUUGAUCCCAACAUCUGUGAAGAAGGUGAGACCAUCGCCAUCAUCCCAGUGAGGGUGUCAGCAAAAGCUGUGUUCAGCAAGUACAGCAUUCACCCUGCCUCGCUCAUCAGCUUCGGUGCCAUGGUGAGUGGCACCAGGAAAACCUGCAGCUUCAUGCUGGAAAACAAAGGCAUCCUUGAGUUUAAGUUCCUCAUCUGCCAAGAAGACCAGGCUGCACCUCUAUCGCCAAAGAAAAGUGUACCUCAGAUGAAAUCUGCCCACUCCCAGGAGAGUGAAGAUGGAAAGCCAGUGGUUCUGUCAGCCAAGCCGAGCAAGCGCUUGUUGCAGAAGGACACAAACCCCGUCCCACAGGCUCGCCUCACCCUGGGCAUGUUCACGGUGUACCCAGGCUUUGGCACCAUCCCUCCUGGGGGCCAGCAGAUGAUCACAGUGGAGUGCUGUGCAGAGCCACUAGGGACAUGCAAGGAGCUCCUGUCCAUCGAUGUCAGCGACAGAGACCCCAGGGAUAAUCCCUUUGGCAUCCCCUAUACCCUGUUUGCUGAGUCCUGCCUUCCAGCAUUUGUGGUUGAUGACAUAGAGUCCAUCUUUGAGGAGCAUCGAAUCUGCAGCAACAACAACCUCUGCCACAUCCUGCAGACGGUGCAAGACAAGGGCAUCUUCAUCACAGAUGAGAACAAGUUUAUCUUCACUGAUGUUCUGGUUGGGCACCGGGCCACAGCUCGCUUCAAGAUCUGCAAUGUGGGCAAAGUCCCCUGUGACGUUGUCCUAUCCCUCAAACCCAUCCCCAGUAAGCUUAACAACCGUGUUAGUGACGUUUUCGAGGUGGAUCCUGUUCGGAUGUGCGUUCCCAGCUGCUCCCAUGCCUUUGCUACGGUGGCAUUCACUCCCCAAUCGAUGCAGACCUACGAGUGCACUUUUGAGGCUUCCCUUGAUGUCCGGGCAAGCCGUACAGCAAUGAAAGCACAAAACCUGAUCUUUGAUAUCAGUGGAGAUGGGAAUCUGCCUCGGGUGACGGUCCUGUGCCCAGUCCUUCACAAUAAGAGGGGGAACCCUCUGAUGCUCUUCAAGAAGUUGUUGCUGGGUGAUUCAGAAAAACUCCCUCUGGUCCUUCAUAACAGUGGCAUCAUACCUGUCCAGCUAAUGAUUGACCUGUUGGAUGAAGGGGGAGUUUUCUUCUUGAAAGCCAGGCCCACCACACACUGUAUCUACCAAGCUGCAGACAUGAAGGACUCCCCUGAAGAAGGCAGGAAGCCUCACACCGCUGCCCUGGUCCUGCAUCAAGGGGAAUCAGCAGAGUUUGAUGUGCUUUUCAAACCCACCCUGGCACAACAUGUGAGAGGGAAGAUCCACCUAUCAGUGGUGGACAACCCGUAUGAAGAGACCAGCAUUCAGCUGUUGGGUGAAGGCUACGAGGACGACUUCACGCUGGAUAACAUCCAUGGACUAGUGUCAGACAACAAGGAAGAGAAUGCUGAGGGCGGUCUGGACGAAGACAUAAUUGAGGCUGCCAGAGUGGAUCACAUCCAGUUUGGGGACUGUCACAUCGGGACACCCUACACUGUGACCUUCACAGUCAGCAACCGCAGCAAGCUGGAGGUGCUGCGGUUUGAGUGGCUGGCAGAACCCCCGUUCCACUUCUCCCCCCAGGUGGGACACCUCCACGCUGGCUGUGCUAAGGACAUCACAGUGACACUGAAAUCGGAUGUCGCGGUUGCCUUCAAAAUGCACCCUGUGAAGUGCAAGGUGAUGAGGAUCGCCUUCCCGCUGCCACCAGAGGAGGUGAUGGACUGGGAUGACCGCCUGCACACCAUCAAGUGGGUGGAUGCCAGCAGGGACUCAGCAGCCACGUGGCCGGUGAGGAAGGUGAUCAAGACAGACCCAGAACCAGCUCACACUGUCCUGGGGAAGAGCAGCCGCGAGGUGGAGCUUCACCUCAGUGCUGUCGUUGACUAUGCUGAGUUCCAGAUGGAUAUGAACGUGAUUCAAUUCAAGGAGACCUUGCUCUUCCAGACAAGGACAUUCACUUUCCAGCUGUCCAAUACAGGGAAUGUGGCCCUGGAAUACACCUGGAUGGCAGCUGUGGAGGAUGAAAGAGCAGUGAACCAUACCGGGGAGUUGCUUCUGUCCAAUCUGAGUGGGCAUUCCCUCUCCUCCACUUGUGGUGCCUCUGUGAAGCUCCAUCCCAGCCGUUGUUCGAGUCAGCUGGGCCAUGCACUGGAGCAGGUCUCUCGCUCCCUGAACUCGUCUCUGAAUGCCAUCAGUGGCACGUCACCAUUCUCUGUCGAGCCCCACGGUGGCACCAUCCCUGCUGGCCAGGAGCAGCUCUUUCAGAUGAAGUUCUCUCCGGUGUCCCUGGGGGACUUUGAGAGCCAUAUGCUCUGCAGUAUUCCUAACCUGAAUCCAAACCAGAAGUGUCCAGAGGUGGUUGUGAAGGGGAAAAGUCUGAUGCCAAACUGCCACUUUGAACUAGAAGACUCUGAUUACCUCACUGCAAACAGGCGCAACCCGAAGUUGCCGGACCCAAGGGGGACAAUGUUAGAUCUCAACACAAGAGUGAUUGAGUUUGUGGCAGUCGGAGUGUGCAGCAAGAGCAGCAGGACCUUCACGGUUACAAACCCAACCAGUUAUGCAUACUCCUUCCAGUGGACUUGCCAAGACCCUGAAGCCCCACCAGGACAGGAGGCUUUCUUCUGCCUCACAGAGAGAGGUCAGAUCCAGCCAGGGAAGAAAGCAGAGAUGAAGUUCCAAUUCAUCCCCCAGCACCUGGAUGUGACAGAAUCAUUCUGGAUCUUUACAAUCCCUGAGCAGAGCAUUUCAAUCCCAGUUCUCUUAGUGGGCAAUGCCAGUGACCCACUCGUGACUCUGGACAGAUCUCACCUGAACUUCCAGUUGCUGUUAAUCGGGCAUGAGGUGCACCAGACUAUGUAUAUGAUCAACAGUGAGAAGGAAGCCUUCAGCUUUGCUUUCAGGGAAAGCUCUCUCUUCUCAGAGGGAUGCAAUGCCUCCGUGAAAAUAGAGCCCCUGAAAGGCUCCAUCGCUCCCCUUUCAAGGCUUCCCAUUACAGUCUUCUUCAUACCAACACUAGAAGGAGAAGUGGUCUUCAACGUCAAGUGUGAUGUCAAGAGAAAGACCCAGCCCCUCUCCUUGAACAUCAAGGCCACCAGCUACAGCAUGAACGUGUCUGUUGGGUGCCAGGACAGCGAUGGCCAUGUCACUGAGCUCAGUGCACACAAAAUCAACGUCAUUGAUCUCAAGGAGGUACAGAUAAACGAGAACACCAAGUGCAUCUUCAGCAUCCGCAACAACGGCAGGUUCAGCUUCACCUUCACUUGGGAGCUGUGUGGCCCCGCAGACUGUCAGCAGGUCCUCACCAUCACCCCUGGGAGCGGCGCUGUGCAGGCAGAGGAGAGAGCAGAGAGCCAGAUGGCUUUUCACCCACGGAAGAUGUGCUCUUUAAAGGAUGUUAAGCUGACACUGUGGAUUAGCAAGGGUCCCACGUUUACCUGCGUGUUCCUGGCCACCGUGGUAGCACCCACUGUCCACUUCUCCACCACCAGACUCAACUUUGGAACGUGCUUCAUCUACCAUGCUGGGAUGACACCUGCCCAGCAGACCCUUGUCAUCACAAACAACGCAAACAAGGAUAUGAGUUUGAACUGCUUGUUCAGCAACACCAUGUACCUCAAGGUGGACUUUGCAGUGCACAUCCUAUGCCCAGGAGGAACGGUGGAGGUCCCCAUCACUUUCUGUCCCAGAGAGGUUGCAUCUUACCGUGAACUCAUCCCUAUUGAAAUCAAUGGUGUUUACCAACAGACCAUUGAGGUCCGAGGAAGAGGCAUAGAAAUGAAGGUUGAUGUUGUGGAACCACAAGGAAAGGUAGUAAAGCUGGGAGCCCUCUCCAUCGGACAGACGGUGAAGAAGAUUGUCACCAUAGCAAACAACAGUGCUGCCCCUCUCACUUUUAAGCUCAGUCUCACGUCCACCAUGCCAGAGCUGCAAGAAGCUGGGGUUCUCUGCUUGAAGCCCACCACCGAAUUAAACCUGAAGCCCAGAGGAGAAACCUGCAAAGUGGAGGUGACCUUCUCCCCAAGGCGCCGCAUCCAGCCUUUCACUGAAGAAGUGAUGUUGGAGUGCAGCGGGCUGGUGCGCUCUCUCUUUGUGCUGCGGGGCUCCUGCCAGGGCAGCCUUGUCAGCUUGGACCAGGACCACCUCAGCUUUGGAGCUGUGAUGCAGCAGAGCUACGCGUGCCGGCGUGUCAUCAUGCGGAACACGGGCGACAUAGGAGUCAAGUUUAAGUGGGACAUCAAGAGCUUCAAGCCGGAUUUCUGCAUCAGGCCCACAGAGGGUUACAUCUCUCCAGGCAUAGUUGUCCCUUUUGUUGUGACCUUCCGCCCCUCAAAGCUGGGUCAGGCUGUCCAGUACGAUGGGCUGCAGUGCUUCAUCCAGGGCAGUGAGCCACUCCAGCUUACGCUAACAGGAUGCUGUGUGGAGGCCCCUGUGAUCAAAGAGACCUUGACUUUCACAUGCAAUGUGCGUGAGCAGCAAACCCAGACCAUCCUCCUGUCCAACCCAAGCAAUGAGGCCUGGACUCUGCAACCCAUCAUUGAGGGGGAACACUGGAAGGGGCCUGAACUUUUCCAUCUAGAGGCCAGUCAACAAAAAAAGCCCUACAAGAUCACCUACGCACCUCUAACCAUGAGCUCUGAGAAUAUGAACCAUCAG